CAAACUAAGGGUACAGUUCACAGCUCUAAGCACCCCUGACUACAUCUCAACCACAAACACCAGACAUGGCAUUCAAGUUGGUAGUUCUCUCUUGCCUCCUGGCCCUUGCUCACGGUAGCGGGGUGCCCGCAGCCAUCGCCGCUGCUCCCGUGGCCUACGCUGCCCCUGUGGCCGCAGCCAGGUUGGAGGAGUUUGACCCUCUCCCGCAGUACAACUUUGGAUACAACGUGGCUGACUCCCUCACCGGGGACUACAAGAGCCAGACCGAGCAGCGCAAUGGAGACCUGGUUCAGGGCCAAUACUCACUGAUAGAAUCUGACGGCACUCGCCGAGUGGUCGACUACACUGCUGACUCAGUGAACGGUUUCAACGCAGUAGUGCGCAACGAGCCCCUUGUGGUGGCCGCUCCAGCUGAGCCUGCUGUUGUACCCGCUCGUUACACCGCCACUGCUGCAGUGGCCGCACCUGUAGCUGCUCCUGUAGCUGCCCCUGUAGCUGUUGCUCAGGCUGCUCCAGUUGUUGCUGCUGCAAAAUUCGCCGCUGCGCCAGCCUACGCCCGAUAUGUCGCACCUGUUGCCAACGCCGUUGCUGCUCCAGCACCCGCCGUCUACGCUCGCUACACCGCUGCCACCGUCGCUGCUGCUCCCGUAGCUGCUGCUCCUGUAGCUGCUGCCCCUGUAGCUGCUGCUCCCGCAUUCGCUGGAUUCGCUCGUUACGCAGCCGCUCCCUUCGUAGCGUCCAGCUACGUAGCUGCACCUGUAGCGGCUGCUUACAGAGCCGCGUACUCUGCUCCGGUUGCUGCUGCCUACUCUGUGCCUUAUGCUACUCAAGUAGCAGCUGCAUAUGCUGCUGCAGUGCCUGCUGCGUACACAGCGGCAGUGCCCGGAGCCUACAGUGCUCCCGUGGUGGCUGCAUACAAGGCGGCUCCCGUAGUUGCAGCAUAUAGUGCGCCUGCACCUACGGCUGUAGCCCCCGCCCCCGCCUCCACCGCCCGCGCCGCUCCUGCCAAGAUCGUAGAAUCAUCAGCUGCCGCCGGAUACCGUUACCCUUGAAUGCCAACUCUGAUACAAUGAUACCUAUAUACCUCUAAAGACUUGUUUUGUAUACAUAUAUACAC